CUAGAUAAUAAGUAUCGCUUAUUUUACCUAUUUUAUUCAUUUAUUUUAUCAGGUAAUGAAAAACACAAUAUUCAGGUUGCUUCUCAACAGGAAGAUGGUGAGCCUACGCUGCAAGACAUGGCUGUGCUUAUAGAACAAGUCACUGGUGUUCCAGUUUCUUUUCAGAAACUUAUAUACAAAGGGAAGUCUCUGAAAGAAUUGGAACAGCCAUUGUCAGCACUUGGUGUUAAAAAUGGUUGCAAAGUCAUGUUGAUUGGGAAAAGGAAUAGUCCAGAAGAAGAAGCUGAAUUAAAGAAGUUAAAAGAUCUGGAGAAGUCAGUGGAGCACAUAGCUAAUAAGUUAGAGGAAGUUAAUAAAGAGUUCACAAGUAUCCAGAAGGGGUUUUUAGCAAAGGAUCUCCAAGCAGAAGCUCUAAAACAGCUGGAUAAAAGGAUAAAAGGAACUGCAGAGCAAUUUAUGAAGAUCCUGGAACAGGUUGAUGCCAUUGUAAGUAAAUAACCACAGAAAAGAAUCAAAGCCAGGCAGAAUUUUAUGAGUGUAUCUUUCCUGUAAAUUAUUUGAUAUUUUAAAAUAUGAACAAAUUCAUUUUGGCUUUCAAAAAUACUUAUUUGGCUUUGCUUUGAUGACCAUCCCUUGCUCCCAUGUAUGUCCAUAAGACUUCUUGGCAGCAUCUAUUUAUAAAUGGUGGCCUUAAUUCCUAUGUGUACAUCCCCAUUCUACAGAAAAUCUUCAUUUUGGGCAGCAGCCUUUUGAGAUGACAUGAAAUGGGUGUCUUUCACUCAAGUUCUACCCUUUUAGCAUGUCUUGUCAAAUUUUACUAGUAAACUUUAUGAUAAUGCUAUGAUUAUCUGUCUGCUCAUACUCCAUGUAGUCCUGGACAAGGGACUUCCAGGUUUAGUACAAGAUUUUAGAAGUCUUAAAACCAUUUUUAGGGAAUAAUGGAGUCUCUGUGCCUCAGUUUUGUCUCUUGUGGAAGCAGAGCAGCCAGAGCUAAAACUAAGCACUUCUAUCUUUUCAUGUAGCUAUUUAUUACUUCCAGUGAAUAGUUAAUAAGAGCCUAUGGCAUUGGUAAGCCUGGCAUUUUUAAAGCAAGAAACAAAGUGAGAGUUUUCACACUGGUGGAUGAAGUUAUGUUAUAUUUAUCAAACUUCAUUUUUGUUUAACAUACAAAGAAGGCUGUGGAUUUUUGUUUGUUUGUUGGUUUAUCAUGGAAGCUUCUGAGAAAUUACCGUGGAAUCUUGUGGAUGUAGUUGCAUGGAAUCUUGCAACCAUUCAGUGUACUGAUACUAGACCAGGCCAGAUGAACAGGCCACCAAUGGCAAAUGUCUUAGAUUUACUGUAGCUGUGCAGCAUACGGAGGUAGCAGCACAGAAUGGUAGUGAGGUAUGUAUGAGCAAUAAAUGAGCUACUUUCUAAUAACACAGAAGCAUCAGCCUAGAGAAGAGAAGGUUGCAGGGUAACCUCAUUGCAGCCUUUCAAUACCUGAAGGGAACUUACACCC